CGGAGCCAAAGAGGUAGUAGACAUCUCAGACGCGUAUGUUUCGUGCCGUGUGGGGAGCCAGCCGUUUUUGGGAACCAUCGUUCAUCGCUUGGCGAGUCAUGAGUGGGAGAGUGAACCGCGUGCAUUACUUGUUUCCUACAUCCGUGUCUUCGCUCGUUCGCCGUACAUGCCGAAGAUCGCACUAGCGAAUGUUCUCCCUCAUCUGCUGAGAUGGGUGAAGGCAGACCUCGCGGCAGGAAAUGGAGGAGAGGGACACCAUAAAUUUUACGACAGAAAAAUCAUGAGCACUUCACCACGCGUUAGUUAGCACCACGGGGAUUUAUUUCGUAAACGGAGUUUAUACUCUUUCACACUGAGAAGUUGAUUCAAUAUUUUUUUUCUCACUAGGUAGUUUGUUUUGAACGUCAGGUACUAGUAGUCAUUUUCCUUCUUCAUGGUGGGCUUCGAAGCGCAACAAGACAAUUAGAUGCUCCAGCAGCGGAAGAGUGGGAGAUCGUCGAGUCGCCAAUGCUGGCACAGAAACAAGAGGAGGAAUCGCAAGGGCUGGAACGAAACACAGCUUCUUCAUACGCUGAAACAGCAGCAUCCGAAACAGCAGUAGACAGAGAAAUUUUUGGCGACCAACGGAUUGAAUCACGUGGAGAAAGUGAAGACGAAGCUCUUGUGCGCGUGUUUGGAUCUAUGUUUUCGCCAAACGAUGUACUACAUAUCGCGGACGCCUUCGCUUUGUGGCCACGUGUAACGGAGAAAAAGCGGGACUCCUGUCAACUGAUCAAACUCUUUUGUGAAGAAUAUUUUCUGAAUGAUGUAGUUCAUGUUGUUGGCGGCCCCUCAAGAACCUCCGAUGUAGUUGUCCCGUCAACAGAGGUAACAUCAAAGUCGACAGGAGGAGCAACAUCUUCGCAAAUACCAGAUGCAGUUGCUUUUUCGUCUACAUCAAUGAGAGAUAUCAUGUCAUCUCAGUCGGGAAUGGAUUCUACAAUAAGAGAAGACUCAUCUCUAUCUUCUCGUGUGGGUGACGCGGAUUCUUCUACGAAGAAACAAGAGAACCUCCAAGUUUCCUUCAAGAGAUCCUUAUCGAGCACUAGAC